AACUUCGGUUUUAUGUAUUUAUUGAUAUUGUCGUUAUUUAUUAAUUUGUGUUUUACAACAGCUACACCGUGAAAGAAGGCCCAGGAUGGAGAAAGUGAGGUUGUUGCUAUAGAAACAAGCCAGGCAAAGGCGGCAUCAGCUGGAUACAAGGGAGGGCCAAGGAGGAGCACGGAGAGAGGAGAGGAGAGGAGAGGAGAUAGAGGGAAAGUGGAAGGUGGAAGGUGGCAGGGAAGACUGAUUUAAUUUAAGAAUAGGGGAAAAGAAAGAGGGAAGCGUUUAGGAUUCCUAUAAAGGGUAGUUUGCCCGAUACGGGGGAAAAGGGAGGGUGGAGAACUCUAAUGAUGGCUGAAAAUAGAACGUCUUCGUUUGGAAGCCUCUAUGACAACACUUCGCUCCUUCAGUAUUGCAACGAUGACAACCUGUCUGCCAGCAGUUCCAUGGAGGUGGACGACCGACUUUCGUACCUGGAGCAGAGAGUGCAGCUGCAGGAGGAUGAGAUCCAGCUGCUGAAGGCGGCGCUGGCUGAUGUGCUGAGGAGGCUGAGCAGCUAUGAGGAACAGAGCCAGGGCUUUGGCAAGAGAGGGGGACCCACGAAAGUUCGUCAGAUACUCCAGGCCUUACCAUCCAAGCCCUUCUGCAAUGGGUAUCUACCACAGAAAAGAAUGGGGGGAUACCCCUCCUCCCCGUCCUCCCCCAAGAAGGAAAUGGUACUUUCCGGGAAAAGUCUUGGAAGAAGCUGCUCCAUUGAGCGCCUGUCCUCUGUGAAGAGAGAGGGGUCUGGGGAUUCACGCAGCCGGACCACCUCCUCCAGCAGCUCCUCAAGUGGCAAGAAAGACUGCAAAACCAAAGAGCCUGUCUUCAGUGCUGAUGAUGGUUAUGUGAAGAUGUUUCUCCGCGGUCGUCCCAUCACUAUGCACCUCCCUGACGGACUCAAAGGCAGCUACAGCCUGGAGACCAAAGCACAGCUGCCGGAGCAGAAACUCAAACUCCAGUGGGUGUAUGGGUACCGGGGGCGGGACUGUCGGUCGAACCUGUAUCUCCUGCCCACGGGAGAGAUCGUCUACUUCAUCGCCUCGGUGGUGGUGCUGUACAACGUGGAGGAAGAGCAGCAGAGGCACUACCUGGGGCACAACGAUGAUGUCAAGUGCUUGGCUGUCCACCCCGAUAUGGUCACCAUUGCGACAGGACAAGUAGCAGGAACCUCCAAAGAUGGCAAGCAACUGCCCCCUCAUGUGCGUGUGUGGGACUCUGUCAGUCUGAACACUCUUCACGUUGUGGGGAUGGGAGUCUUUGAUCGUGCUGUCACCUGCGUGGGCUUCUCCAAGUCUAAUGGAGGGACCCAUCUGUGCGCAGUUGACGAUGCCAACGACCACAUCAUGUCUGUGUGGGAGUGGCAGAAAGAGAAGAAGCUGGCUGAAGUGAAGUGCUCCAAUGACUCUGUGCUAUCUGCAAACUUUCACCCCAUGGAUUCGAACCUCAUUCUGACCUGCGGGAAAUCUCACCUCAACUUCUGGACCGUAGAGGACAGCACUCUGACCAAACGGCAGGGCCUGUUUGAUAAACACGAGAAGCCGAAGUAUGUGCUGUGUAUUGCCUUUGCGGAGAACGGAGACGCCAUCACUGGGGACUCCAGUGGGAACAUGUGCAUCUGGGGGAAAGGGGGUAACCGGAUCAGCCACGCCGUCCCUGGCGCUCAUGAGGGUGGGAUCUUCUCGCUGUGUGUGCUGAAGGACGGGACCCUGGUGUCGGGAGGAGGAAAGGACAGGAGGGUGGUCCUGUGGGACCGGGACUACCAGCAGCAACAGGAGCUGGAGGUCCCCGAGAUGUUUGGGCCGGUCCGCUCCCUGGCGGAGGGGAAGUCCGACAGCCUGUUUGUGGGAACGACUCGGAACGCUGUCCUUCAGGGGUCCUUCUCCGGAGAGCUCAGCCCCAUCGUGCAGGGUCACAUGGAUGAGCUCUGGGGUCUGGACUCCCACCCCAGCAUGGAGCAGUUUGUGACCUGUGGCCACGACAAGGUUGUCCACCUGUGGGACGUGGCCACACACAAGCCCCUCUGGACUAAAGUGAUUGAGGAUGGGGCCCGAUCAGCAGGUUUCCAUCCCAGCGGAUCGGUGGUUGCCGUGGGAACACUGACUGCAAGGUGGCUGGUGCUUGACACUGGAACGGCAGACCUAGUGUCUGUCCACACAGAUGGCAAUGAGAUCAUCUCCAAUGUGAAAUACUCACCAGACGGAAACUACCUCGCGGUUGGAUCACAUGAUAACUUCAUUUACGUUUAUGCUGUAACGGAGAACGGCAAGAAAUACAGUCGUGUGGGAAAAUGCACGGGUCAUUCCAGUUUUGUGACUCAUUUGGACUGGUCUAAGGACAGCAAGUAUAUUGUCUCCAAUUCAGGGGAUUACGAAAUCCUUUACUGGAACUCGUCAAACUGCAAGCAGGUAACCAACGCUGACACUGUGCGCAAUCUGGAAUGGGCCUCCUCCACCUGUGUACUGGGAAUCGGAGUCUUCGGUAUCUGGCCCGAUGGUGCAGAUGGCACAGAUAUAAACGCUGUCUGCAGUUCACAUGAUCGCAAGCUCCUGGCCACAGCGGAUGAUUUUGGCAAAGUGCAAUUGUUCUCGAACCCCUGCUCCCAGCCCCGGGCCCCAAGCUAUUCCUAUGGGGGGCAUAGCAGUCACGUGACCAAUGUUGCCUUUCUCCAUGACGACACUCAGCUGCUCUCCACUGGGGGGAAAGACAUGAGCCUUCUGCAAUGGAGAGUUGUCUAAACAACUCCACUGAAGAUUAUCUUUCACUGGAGCCUCCUACCCAUGAGGGCUGAAGUCCUGCUAUGCCUAAUUUUGCUUACCACCCUUGCGCCUAGAAAAUAAAUACAGAACUGCACUGCGUUUGACAGCCACUAGAGGGGACACUGACCCAGAUAGCUAAAAGCAUGACAAGUAAAUUAUUAAUGUGUAAAGAAAAACAAAACUUGUAUUGUAACGUUGUUGCGAUAACCUAAAGAUUCUAUUGAAUGGCUGUGAAGUUCUUAAUAUUAUAAAAAUGUAUUGAAGAAUUUAUAGUUGUAGCGUACCUCAUUUGACAGAACUAAGAAAGCUAAAUCGCUAUACUUGCUUACUUUUUUUUUUUUUUGUCUAAUAAAGAUUCUAUUGCUAAAUAG